GGGGGGCCUUUGGAGUCAGGGGCCCAAACUGAGUGCUAGCUAUUCCACCAAUGUAAGGAGAGGCCCUAGACCCCGUGUUUUUUCCUAAGGGGUCACUGCAGAUGAAGCCCUGUUGAGUUUUUCCACUAACAGGUACAGAGGGAGCCCUCUUGGCUCACACUGCCAAGCCCUUGGGGCCCCAACCUCAACUGAAGCUGUCUUUGUUCUCCUCUAAGCAGCCACACUCCAGAACCAUCUGGGUGGCCCCUUCUUUUUCUCCCUCUGCCCCCACGAGCAGAAAACAGCUCCAGGUAGACUUGGCUCCUCGUACAGCCUCGGCCACUGGCCCCCUCCCUCCUGAGUUUGGUUCCUUCCUCUGAUGCUAACCCCCCCGGCUCUUUCGGCUUGGCUGCCCGGUCCCCAGCUGUCACUAACCCGCUGCUUCUCUGCUCUCUCUCUGCUCCUCCCGUCUCUCCCUCAUCCCCAUGUCACUCCUAACCCCUCUCGUCCGGUGACCCCCAUCAUCUCACUCCUUGGCCCACCCGCCCCCCUCCGCCUUCUCCUCACCUUGUCCGUGACCCCCAUCAUCUCACUCCAUGGCCCGCCCCCCUUCUCCUCUUCAUCUCUGACCCGCCUGGCCGCCACCCCUCGCCCCAGCUGACGGCCCUGAUGCCCACCCAGCAGCAGCUACUACUGCAGCAGGCUCAGGCCCAGCUCCUGGCCGCCGCGGUCCAGCAGUCCAACGCCGCUGCCGCCGCUAAUGCAGCCGCCGCCGCCUCUGGGCAGCCCCCGGCCCCCGCUGGGGGGGGCGAUCUGCCGCCGCAGCCACCCGCAAGCCAGCCCCCGGCGACCCCCCAGCUCACCCUGUCCCAGCCCAUCCAGCUCACGGCCCAGGACAUCCAGCAGCUCCUUCAACUCCAGCAAUUAGUCCUUGUCCCUGGGCACCACCUCCAGUCACCUGCACAGUUCCUGCUGCCACAAACCCAACAGGGUCAACCAGGCCUGCUCCCAACACCAAAUCUGUUCCAGCUACCUCAGCAAAGCCAGGGAGCCCUCCUGACCUCCCAGCCCCGGGCUGGGCUCCCUACACAGGCAGUGACCCGACCCACGCUGCCCGAUCCACACCUCUCACACUCGCAGCCCACCAAAUGCCUGGAGCCACCCUCCCACCCUGAGGAGCCCAGCGACCUGGAAGAGCUAGAGCAGUUUGCUCGCACCUUUAAACAGAGGAGAAUCAAGCUGGGUUUCACUCAGGGCGACGUGGGGCUGGCCAUGGGCAAGUUGUACGGCAACGAUUUCAGCCAGACAACCAUCUCGCGCUUCGAGGCGCUCAACCUUAGCUUUAAGAACAUGUGCAAACUGAAGCCCCUUUUGGAAAAGUGGCUCAAUGACGCAGAGACCAUGUCUGUGGACUCCAGCCUGCCCAGUCCUAACCAGCUGACCAGCCCCAGCCUGGGCUUCGACGGGCUCCCAGGCCGGCGGCGCAAGAAGAGGACAAGCAUUGAGACAAACGUCCGCUUCGCCUUAGAGAAGAGCUUUCUAGCGAAUCAGAAGCCUACCUCAGAGGAGAUCCUGCUGAUUGCAGAGCAGCUGCACAUGGAGAAGGAGGUGAUCCGUGUCUGGUUCUGCAACCGGCGCCAGAAGGAGAAGAGAAUUAAUCCCUGCAGCGCUGCCCCCAUGCUGCCCAGCCCGGGCAAGCCAGCGGCCUACAGCCCCCACCUCGGGCCUGGGGUCACACCUCAGGGGGCUGGGGGGACCCUGCCAUUGUCCCCGGCUUCCAGCAGUCUGAGCACAACAGUUACUACCUUGUCCUCAGCUGUGGGGACCCUCCACCCCAGUCGGACAGCUGGAGGGGGCAGCAGUGGGGGUGGGGCUGUGACCCCCCUCAACUCUAUCCCCUCCAUCACCCCCCCACCCCCUGCCACCACCAACAGCACAAAUCCCAGCCCCCAAGGCAGCCACGCGGCCAUUGGCCUGUCAGGCCUGAACCCCAGCACAGGAAGCACAAUGGUGGGGCUGAGCUCGGGGUUGAGUCCGGCUCUCAUGGGUAACAACCCUUUGGCCACCAUACAAGCCCUGGCCUCUGGUGGAACUCUCCCCCUUACCAGCCUUGAUGCCAGUGGGAACCUGGUGCUGGGGGCAGCUGGGGGCGCCCCAGGAAGCCCAGGUAUCGUGACCUCACCACUCUUCCUGAACCAUGCCGGGCUGCCACUACUCAGUGCCCCUCCAGGGGUGGGCCUUGUAUCAGCUGCCGCAGCUGCUGUGGCAGCCUCAAUCUCCACCAAGUCCCCAGGCCUCUCUUCCUCCUCUUCUUCUUCCUCCUCCUCCUCUUCUUCUUCCUCCUCUUCCUCCUCCUCUUGCAUUGAGACAGCAGCACAGACCCCCGGAGGGCCUGAGGCAGGGGCCAAAUCCGAAUGAAGACACCCCCUCUGCCUUUCCCUGCUAUCCUCCACCCUCUCCCACCUCUGGUCUCCCCAGUUGGGGAAGCUGGUGGUAGGGGGACAGCGGCGGGGGAUUGAGGUGAGGGUCCGGGAGCUGGAGAAAGAGAGUGGAGGAAACACCAAAAAAAAAAAAUACCCCCAGAAAGAAAAAAAAA